GGAAGAAGAAAGAUGGCGCCUACACAUGUAUUGAGAUGCUGUCAGAGAGGUCUGGCUUGGAUACCGGUGAUAUUUAUUGCCUUAGUGGUGUGCUGGUCUUAUUAUGCUUACGUGGUGGAGCUGUGUCUAUUUACUAUUCCCAGCACUGGUGAAAAAGUCAUCUACCUAGUUGUCUUUCACCUGUCAUUCAUCAUGUUUGUGUGGUCUUACUGGAAAACCAUUUUUACAAGACCAGCCAACCCUUCCAAAGAGUUUUGUCUACCCAAAGCUGAGAAGGAGCAGUAUGAGACAGAACAGCGGCCAGAGACUCAGCAGGAGAUCCUGAAGAGAGUGGCCAGCAGUCUGCCCCUCUAUACCCGCACUGGGGCUGGAGCUGCUCGUUACUGUGACCGCUGCCAAGUGAUCAAACCAGACAGAUGUCAUCAUUGUUCUGCAUGUGACAUGUGUGUACUGAAGAUGGAUCAUCACUGUCCAUGGGUGAAUAAUUGUGUGGGAUUUUCCAACUACAAGUUCUUCAUCCUGUUCCUGACCUACUCGCUUGUUUACUGCUUAUUCAUAGCAGCCUCUGUCCUACAAUACUUCAUAAAGUUCUGGACAAGUGACCUGCCAGAGUCUCACGCCAAAUUCCAUGUCUUGUUUCUCUUUUUUGUGGCGGCCAUGUUCUGCAUCAGCAUUCUUUCACUCUUCACAUACCACUUGUGGCUUGUGGGAAAAAACAGGUCCACCAUAGAAGCAUUCAGAGCUCCAGUCUUCAGAAACGGCCCUGAUAAAAAUGGAUUCUCCCUGGGCUUCAGCAAGAAUAUUGCUCAAGUGUUUGGGGACCAGAAAAAGUACUGGCUACUUCCUGUCUUUACCAGUCAGGGAGAUGGCCUUUCUUUUCCUACACGGUUGGUCACUAUUGAUCCGGAGCAGCCCACUGAAUGUCUCCAGCCUGACGUUUCGGAUAAAGGUGCUGUAGAUGGAUCUGCUGAACAAUGUAGGCCUUUUAGUGAAUCACAAAACCAUCUGCUCGGUAACGAUUACCACAGUGAAGAAGAUCACAAAAAGAUAGAUUUCUUAAAGUCAGAUGAGAGUGAGGCCAUCACCAUCUCCAUUGAGACUGAGUCAUAGCCAGGACUGAAGCUGGUGUGGAGUGAGUCCUCAGUGGUCUCGUGCCUUUGACUCCCAGUACUGGGGACUGUUGAGGAGAAUCACAGCCAUCAAAGCUUAAGCCUUAAACAGCUCUUUUCUCUGAAUGCUUCUUAAAACUUUCCUACAUCCAUCGCUUGUGGAAAGUCCCAAAUCACUCCAUUACAUCAAGUCUGUAAAAUUGUUCUCAGCCCUCAUUCAUGCGUAGCAGCUGCACUCUUUUAACACAGAGAUUUGCACACCUGACUUUUUGCAUCUAUCUUUUUGCACAGCAAACUUUCUUUGCUCAGGCUUCACAGACCUACAGGACUUCUCAACCACAGAAUUCUCAACCAUGCAUGAGAUUUGAUACAGAUAGAAAUUUUCAAAAACUGUCCCCUAAGUGUUUAACAAGAAAAACACCAGUGCUGCUCUUCAGUCCUCAGUCAACACAAUAGAGCUGCCAAGAUCUGGCACCAACUGCUGUUUACAAAGAGGGCAAUGGAAAAACAGACACAACCCCUUUUUUUUUUUUCUUUUUUUUUUCUUUGAAAGGUCUGACUAAGCUCAUCUAGAAUCCAGUGUGUUGAUGGCUUCAGUUUAAGGGUAGAAGAACAUUGCAGAACCCAAGAUGUCUCAUUCACACUUUUAGAGUCUAAUGAAUUUUUUUUGGAAUGUUUUCCCUUUUGAAACUCCAUUCAGUUCUUUUUUUAAAGAUAUAAACACACAAGUUUACAAAGUUCAACAGAGUGUGACAGGGCAUUAGACACCCACAAAAGACUAAAAAAAUACUUGUGUUAUUAUUAAGCUGCUCCACUUGUAUGGUGACAUCUUAUUUUUUCAUUGUUUUGAGAUGAUUCGGGUGUGAAAUGUUGUACACAUGUUGGCCACUAUACGUAUGCCAAAUAAAGGGCUUAAUACCAUAGCCCUGUGUUUACAAAAUGUUAGUAAUACCUCUCUGCUGUCGCUGUGUAGCCAGUGUCACAUUGGAAACCAAAUGAAACUGCUGUGGCGUAAAGCCCACUAAACUUUGCAGGUUCCUCCUGCAGUAUUAGAACUGGCCAGCAGGCGGCACUUACAACACUAAAAUACAGGAUUGCAGAGUCAAUGAUUUUUGGUAUUGUAUCACCAGACUGUACAUUCAUCUCAAUCCUCAGUGCAUUGUUUUUUCUUUGUCUUUCUAUUUUUCUAUACAUAAAUGUUGUUAAUAGCUGUUCUUGUAUUCUUUAAGAAUAUAAAUUUUAGCAAGUGCUUUGGUAAAGCAGUAAAAGUGAUUUGUUCUUUUUGUGUGUUUAUACUUGUUGUAAACCUGGUUGAGUUGGAACAUGGUGUGAAAUAAUUGUACAGGUCUCCGUGACUGUUGCGUGAGCUUGUGUGGAAAUCCAGAUGUGUAUUUAUGUGCUACAAAGUGAACCGCAGUAAUUGCUGCCUUGUGUACUUUGUGUUCUAAUGUAUAGAAGAACUGCCUCGACAAAUCAAGAGAUGCAGGCACCAGAGUGUUGCUGUUCUAGCGUGUUUGAUGAACAUGCUGUUAAACUUUGUAAAAAUGAAUGUCAAAUGAGGGUAAAACAAGUAAAUACAACAGUAAAAAGAGGAAACGACAGGAAA